CAACGGCUCGGACGCGUGGCCCGAGGCGCUCAACUCCACGGCGGCGCGCGGCGCGCCGGGCGCCCCGGACGUCGCCCUCUUCUGCGUGACGGGCGCGCUGGCGCUGGCCGCGCUGGCAGGCGGCGUGGGCUCGCUGGCAGCGCUGCUGCCCGUGCCUCGCCGGGGCGCGCUGCCCGCGCUGGUGGCCGCCUGCUCCGUGGACGACCUUGUGGGCGCCGUGGCGGCCGGGCUCUUCCUGCGCCUGCAGUGGCCCCGCGACGCGCCCGGCCACGCGCGGCCCCUAUGCGCCGCCGCCGCGCUGCUCUACACCGGCCAGGGCCUCUCCGGGAACCUCAAGGCCGCCCUCCUGGUGGGGUACAGCUUCGUCAGCCUGCGCCGGGCGGCGGGGACGCCGGCGGGCUGCCGGGGCCGUGGCAAGGCGCUGGGCGCGGCGCUGGGCGCGGGCGCUGCGGGCCUGGGGCUGGCUGCGCUGCCGCUGGGCGGCUGGGGCGCCUUCGAGCGCACGGCCUGGGGCUGCCGCGUGGCGGGGCCCGCCGUGCCGCCGCUCUGCGCGCUCUACGCCGCCGCCCUCGCGCUGCUCGCUGGCCUGGCCGGGCCACUCGCGCCGCCGCUCCUGUGCUCCGAGGCGCCGCCGCGAGCCCAGGCCCAGUACCGUGCGAUCACCGGCGGCGCGUCCGCCCCGGACUCCCCUCCGUCCGGGCGCCGCGCGGCCUCUGCCUCGGGGUCCCCGCCCGCGUCUCCGGGACCUGGCCUGCCCGACGCCCCCCAGGCCGGAGCCCGCGAGCGCCAGAACCCGUGGGACAGCCGGAGCUUCGAGCGCAGCGUGGCGCAGCGGCGCUUCGCCCUCAUCCUGGCGCUGACCAAAGCUGUCCUGUGGCUGCCCAUGAUG